AUGUUUGCUCGCAACUCGCCUUUGUUGUCCACAUUAUGUCUGCUAGUGCUCUCUGUGCUGGCCACUCGCUCACCACCCAGUGACUUCAACGACCCCCCGAGUGCCGCCGUGGAUCAUGUGAACGCGCUCAUAGGGAAUGGGGGAGAUACGCCGAAUGGAUCCGGUGGCAUGAUACCCUCGACAGCCCCUCCGUUCGCCAUGACUAGAUGGGUUGCGCAAACUCGGCAGAACUACGUCUCAAUGACUCCCUAUAAUUACACUGACAGUAGUAUCCAUGGGUUUCAAGGAACACAUCAGCCCGCGAUUUGGAUGGGUGAGAGUGGUCAGGCCGUUGUGGUGCCCGGAGCAGGAGAAGUACAAAGCGUGUUUAAGGACAGAGGCAUGCCCUUCAGCCACGAUGACGAAGUAAUCACGCCGAGCUACUACCGCGCGAGCCUUGAAGCCACGGAUGGAGGUCAUAUUCUUGCCGAACAGAGUGCCACUUCUCGCGUCGGACACUUGCGCUUCACUUUUACGGAGACAAGUACCCCCUAUGUACUCUUGGAAGCUACUCGCGCUUCAAUCAUAGGCUCCGCAGAUACAUCAAACGUCACGUACCCUUUCGGCACCAUUUCUCUCAACCCGUCGUCCAUGGAAAUUACGGGAUCAAAUCCCGAACGCCAGGACUUCAUCAUAGGACCAAGUCCGGCGCCCUCCUUCCAUGGCUAUUUCUGCGCGCGCUUCGAUGUUCCUUUCUCCAGUUGGGGCACGGCGUCUAAUGGAACCCGAUAUGUGAACGAGACAGAAAGGAAUGGGACGUUACUCAGUGGAUAUGUUACCUUCCCACCAGAUACGGAGGUGGUGAACGUAAGGGUGGGGGUGUCGUUCAUUUCAGUCGAACAAGCUAGGCAGAAUCUCGAUAUUGAGAUACCGGACGGUACGACGUUAGAGAUGACAGCUCGUAAGACGAGGACAGAGUGGGCAGAAAAGCUGGACCGUAUUGAAGUCGAUGGCGCCACACCUGACGAUCUGGCUGUCUUCUACACUGCCGUCUUCCAUACUCUCCAGCAGUACCCCUAUGAACAAGACGAAUACGGAAGAUACUACUCUGGGUAUGACGAUACGGUCCACGAAGGCGUGUCGUACACUGGCUAUUCAAUAUGGGAUACUUUCCGUGCAGAAUGGGCUUGGCAGAUUCUGUUGGUACCAGAGCGUAUACCUGGGAUGGUACAAAGUAUGCUCCAAGAUUACAAAGAGGGUGGAUGGUUGCCCAUGUGGAAGAACAUCGUCGAAACGAAUAUCAUGGUAGGUACACAUGCAGACUCGCUCAUCGCCGAGGCGGUCUUGAAGAACAUCACCGGAUUUGACCUUGAGACCGCCUACGAGGCCGUCUACAAAGAUGCCACUGUACCGCCGGUCGAUGAUUCCACCAUCUCCUACUUCGAUCGCGAAGAAAACGUCGGAUACGAGGUUCGGGCUGGAUUAUCGACAGUAUAUGACACGAAAGGUUGGGUAGCAGACGACAUUCACUCCGAGUCUGCCUCUAGAACUCUCGAUUACGCCUACGAUGACUACGCUGUUGCCGUUCUAGCUAAACUUCUCAACAAGACCAAGGACGCUGAGUUUUUCUUGAAUCGGUCCAUGGUGGCGCCGUUCACGAUCUACAACAACGAGACCGACUUCAUGGAAGCGCGCAAUGCAAGUGGUGCUUGGGCUGGUGAGGAUGAGGGCUGGACGGAAGGCGAUAAAUGGGCAUAUUCAUUCGACGUCGUACAUGCGGUGCAUGAACUGAUCGAGGCAAGAGGAGGAAAGGCCCAGUUCAUUCGCAGUCUGGAUGCGCACUUCGACGGAGGUCAUAACGAUCAGACAAACGAGCCUUCGCACCACAUUCCGUACUUAUAUGCACUGGCUGGGGCUGCCUCAAAGGGUCAAGAACGCAUCCGCGAAGUGACGAAGGCGAACUACAACAACUCGGUGGUCGGACUGACAGGGAAUGAGGAUUGCGGUCAGAUGAGUGCAUGGUAUAUUUUCGGAGCUCUCGGUUUCUAUCCAGUAAAUCCUGUGUCCGGAGACUACGUUAUUGGGUCUCCUUUCUUUGACUCCAUCACCAUCCGUCUACCUAACGCCGCAAGACCGUUGAAGGUCACUUCGAACGGUGCAGCGUCGAAACCAUAUGUCAAGUCUCUCAUCGUAGAUGGUCAACCUACGAAGGAACCUGUGAUCACUCACCAGCAAAUAGCCAACGGGGGAGACAUUUUAUUUGAUAUGAGUGAGCAAGCGGAAGCUUGGGCCUCGUCCACCAUAGCCAAGUAG